AUGGGGACACUCCAGGGACGGCCUUGGGUUGGGUCUGUGCACACCUGCUUGGAGGGAGUGGGGCGGUGUUUUGGUGGGUUGUGGGGCGGCUGUGUCUGGAGGGUGGCUGUCUUGCAGGGCACCACAGCACGUGCAAUGGGGGACUGGAGCCUGCUGGGCCGGCUGCUGGAGAAUGCCCAGGAGCACUCCACGGUGGUGGGGAAGGUCUGGCUCACCGUCCUCUUCGUCUUCCGCAUCCUGGUGCUGGGGGCAGCCGCGGAGCGGGUCUGGGGUGACGAGCUGUCUGGCUUCUCCUGUGACACGCAGCAGCCCGGCUGCCAAAAUGCCUGCUAUGACAGCACCUUCCCCAUCUCCCACCUCCGCUUCUGGGUCCUGCAGAUCAUCUUUGUCUCCACCCCCAGCCUUGUGUAUCUGGGGCACAUCCUGCACCUGGUGCAUCUGGAGGAGAAGGCACAGCAGCAAGCGGCAGCGCGGGCCGCCAGCGGGGCCAGGCGGCAGCGCCCCAGGCAGCCCCAGCUCCCUGCAGGGAACACCAGGGCACGGGUGUGCAUGCGGGGGGCCAUCCUGAGGACCUACAUCUGCAACAUCGUCUUCAAGGCUCUGCUGGAAGUGGGCUUCAUUGUGGGCCAGUACGCCUUGUAUGGGUUCCAGCUGAAGCCCCUCUACACCUGCAGCCGCUGGCCCUGCCCCAACACGGUCAACUGCUACAUCUCCCGGCCCACUGAGAAGACCAUCUUCAUCCUCUUCAUGCUGGGGGUGGCCUGCGUGUCCCUGCUGCUCAACCUGGUGGAGAUCUACCACCUGGGUCUCACCAAGUGCCGUCGGGGGCCAGGCCCCAAGUCCCGCAUCCUGACCGCUCCUGGCGGGCCUGUAGGGCCUGGCAGCACCUAUGUCACUCUGCCCAGGGGUGGCAGCCCCCGCCAUGGCCUGGCACCGCUGAAGAAGGCAGGUGCAUGGUUAGGGGUGGCUGGUGGGUCCCACAGGGAUGUGAGAACAGCAGACCUGGCAGUGUAAAUGUGGCCUGCUGGGAUGGUCAGGGAUGGGCAAUGUGUGGGUGGUCACUGUGGUGAUUGUGUCUCCAGUCUCUGCCA